AGUGGCUGCAUAUGAGGGACUUCGACCGAUUGCUGCGCGAGUCCCAACGGGAGGUGCUGCGGCUGCAGAGGCAGAUCGCCCUGCGCAGUCAGCGGGAGCCGCUCCGGCCUGCCCGGUUCCCGGGUCCUAUUGCCCCCUCCAGAGUAGGGGCGCCGGCCCCCGGAGCCCCUGGAGAGGCCGUUCUUCAGGAUGAUGUGGAUAGCCCACAGGUGGUCCUAGGGGAACCAGAGAAACAGCAAAGGGUACAGCAGCUGGAGUCUGAGCUCUGCAAGAAGCGAAAGAAAUGUGAGAGCCUGGAGCAGGAAGCCAGGAAAAAACAGAGGCGAUGUGAGGAGCUGGAACUACAGCUGAGGGCAGCCCAGAAUGAAAAUGCCCGCCUGGUGGAGGAGAACUCUCGGCUCAGUGGGAGAGCCACAGAGAAGGAGCAGGUGGAGUGGGAGAAUGCAGAGCUGAAGGGACAGCUCCUGGGGGUGACACAGGAGAGGGACUCAGCCCUUCGUAAGAGCCAGGGCCUGCAAAGCAAGCUGGAGAGCCUGGAGCAGGUGCUGAAGCAUAUGCGGGAGGUGGCCGAGCGGAGGCAGCAGCUGGAGUUGGAACAUGAGCAGGCGAGGCUCAGCCUGCAGGAGAAGCAGGAAGAGGUCCGGAGGCUGCAGCAGGCCCAGGCAGAAGCCAAGAGGGAACAUGAGGGAGCCGUGCAGCUACUGGAGUCUACCUUGGAUUCCAUGCAGGCCCGGGUUCGAGAGCUUGAAGGCCAGUGUCGGAGCCAAACUGAGCGCUUCAGCCUUCUGGCUCAGGAACUGCAGGCCUUCCGUCUGCACCCGGGCCCUCUGGAUCUGCUUACUUCAGCACUUGGCUGUAAUGCCCUUGGGGACCAUCCGCCACCCCACUGCUGCUGCUCUACCCCUCAGCCCUGCCAGGGGUCCGGCCCCAAAGAUCUCAACCUCCCACCGGGCUCCCCAGGACGCUGUACCCCCAAAUCUUCUGAGUCUGCUCUUGCAACCCUUACUGGAGUCCCUCGAAGGACAUCUAAGAAGGCGGAGUCUCUUUCUAAUUCUUCUCGCUCAGAGUCCAUCCACAACAGCCCCAAGUCAUGCCCCACACCAGAGGUGGACACAGCCAGUGAGGUGGAGGAGCUGGAAGUCGACAGUGUGUCCCUGCUCCCAGCAGCUCCGGAGAGCCACUCAGGAGGAGCCAGAAUCCAGGUCUUCCUAGCACGUUAUAGCUACAACCCCUUUGAGGGUCCCAAUGAGAAUCCAGAGGCCGAGCUUCCGCUGACAGCCGGCGAGUAUAUCUACGUCUAUGGUACCAUGGAUGAAGAUGGCUUUUUUGAAGGGGAGCUCAUGGAUGGCAGAAGGGGCCUGGUCCCCUCUAACUUUGUAGAGCGUGUGUCUGAUGACGACCUUCUGUCUACCCUCCCUCGGGAGCUGGCCGAUUCAUCGCACAGCUCCGGCCCUGAACUCAGUUUCCUGAGUGGAGGCAGGGGUGGUUGCAGUAGUGGGGGCCAGAGCAGCGGGGGACGUAGCCAACCCAGACCAGAGGAGGAGGCUGCAGGAGAUGAACUCUGUCUGAGCCCCCCACCAGAGGGACUGGGCGAGCCUCUGGCUGUGCCUUACCCCCGACAUAUCACGGUCCUCAAGCAGCUAGCCCACAGCGUGGUGCUGGCUUGGGAGUUGCCUCCUGAGAGAGUAGAUCUACGUGGCUUCCAUAUCUUUGUCAAUGGGGAACUUCGUCAGGCCUUGGGGCCUGGUGUGCCCCCCAAAGCUGUGCUUGAAAAUAUGGACCUGCGGGCUGGGCCUCUCCAUGUGUCUGUCCAGGCCCUAACUAGCAAGGGCAGCUCAGAUCCUCUGCGCUGUUGUCUGGCUGUGGGUGCCGGAGCUGGGGUUGUACCCAGCCAGCUACGGAUCCAUAGGUUGACAGCCACAUCUGCUGAGAUCGCCUGGGUGCCAGGGAAUAGCAACUUGGCCCACGCCAUCUACCUCAAUGGAGAAGAAUGCUCACCUGCUCGCCCCAGCACCUACUGGGCAACCUUUUGUAACCUGAGGCCUGGCACACUCUAUCAAGCCCGAGUGGAGGCUCAGAUCCCAUCUCAGGGGCCUUGGGAACCAAGCUGGGAGAGGCCAGAGCAGCGAGCUGCUACCUUGCAGUUCACCACACUUCCAGCAGGCCUGCCUGACGCUCCACUGGAUGUACAGGCUGAACCAGGACCCUCUCCUGGAAUCUUGAUGAUCAGUUGGCUCCCUGUCACCAUUGAUGCUGCUGGUACCUCCAAUGGUGUCCGGGUUACAGGCUACGCCAUCUAUGCUGAUGGGCAGAAGAUCAUGGAGGUGGCUUCCCCCACAGCAGGCAGUGUGCUGGUGGAGGUGUCUCAGCUGCAGCUGCUGCAGGCCUGCCAUGAGGUGACUGUACGCACUAUGUCACCCCAUGGCGAGUCCACUGACUCUAUCCCGGCCCCCGUUGCCCCAGCCCUGGCUUCUGCCUGCCAGCCAGCCAGGACGUCCUGUCUCUCACCACGACCAAGCCCAGAGGUCAGAACACCCCUUGCUUCAGUCUCCCCAGGGCUUGGGGAUACCAGCUUUCCCCUCCGGCAUCCUGUACCCCACGGAACUCAAGAUUCCCCUGCAAGCCUUUCCACAGAGAUGUCCAAAGGAUCCCAGGAGGAACCUCCAGCCCCUUGCCCUCAGGAAGAGGCUGGGACACCUGUGCAGAGCAUCUCAGAAGACAAGAGGGCUGUGGAGCCAACUCUGGGCCAGGAAGGCCCUGACCCUGUGGCUCCCUCCCUGGCUAAGCAGGCCGUGGAGUGCACUUCAGGAGAUGCUGGCCCCACACCUUGCUCCACCCAUGGAGAGCUGACCCAGAAGGAGCCAAGUUCUGCAGCCUGCCGAGGGGAAGAUCUGGACUCCGGGCUGAAACUCAGAUCUGAGAAAGAAGACAUGUCAGAGCUUGGAGUUCGCCUGGCGAAUUCCCUCACGGAUCACGGCCGCAACUCAGACUUGUCAGACAUCCAGGAAGAAGAGGAAGAGGAGGAAGAAGAGGAAGAGGAGCUGGGUUCCAGGCCCUGUUCCUCCCAGAAGCAGGUUGCUGGCAACAGCGUCAGGGAGAAUGGAGCCAAGCCCCAGCCAGACCCCUUUUGUGAGACUGACAGCGACGAGGAGUUCCUGGAGCAGAUACUGGAGUUGCCGCUCCAGCAGCUCUGCAGCAAGAAGCUGUUCAGCAUCCCCGAGGAGGAGGAGGAGGAGGAGGAGGAGGAGGAGGAGGAGGAGGAGGAGGAGGAGGAGGAGCUGGAGAAACGAGGGCCCAGCGGCUCUUCCCAUGAACUUGCAUUGCUAGGGCCAGGCUGUCAGCCCCAGGGACCUGGUCCGUGUCCCUUGUCUCCUGAGCUCUCUGGGGCCAGGGAGCACGUGGAGGAUGUGCUGGGAGUCGUUGGUGGAAACAGCCGGAGGAGAGGAGGUGGCUCCCCUGAGAAACUCCCAAACCGCAAGCGACCUCAGGACCCCCGAGAACACUGCAGCAGGCUUCUUGGCAAUGGCGGGCCCCAGACCUCUACACGGCCUGUCCCUCCACGGGAGAGGGGCAGCCUCCCUGUGAUUGAGGGCACCAGGGUUGGACAGGAGCCCGGUGGGAGAGGGCGGCCGGGUCUUUCCCGGAGGUGUCCCCGUGGCCCUGCUCCAGAAUCCAGCUUGGUCAGCUGCCUCUCUCCGAAGUGUUUGGAGAUCAGCAUCGAGUAUGAUUCUGAGGAUGAGCAGGAGGCGGGCAGUGGUGGUGUCAACAUCAGCAGCUCCUGCUAUCCCAUGGAUGGGGAGGCCUGGGGCACAGCGGCAGCGGCAGCAGGAAGGCCCAGGGGACCUCCGAAGGUCAAUUCAGGCCCCAACGCCUACCUGCGCCUCCCGGCCUGGGAGAAAGGGGAACCAGAGCGGAGAGGCCGCAGUGCGAUUGGCAGAACCAAGGAGUCAACGUCCCGGGCUACAGAAACUGGGGAGUCCAGAGGGCAGGACAGCUCUGGGCGGAGAGGACCCCAGAGUAGAGGGACCCGGGUGCCUAGGUCGGGCACCACUGAGCUGGCCCCUCCAAGGAGCCCUCAAGAAGCACCACCUCAUCAGGAUCUACCUGUGAGGGUCUUUGUGGCUCUGUUUGACUACGACCCUGUAUCAAUGUCACCAAACCCUGAUGCUGGAGAAGAGGAACUUCCCUUCAGGGAGGGCCAGCUCCUCAAGGUGUUUGGAGACAAAGACGCUGACGGUUUCUACCGGGGCGAGAGUGGGGGCCGCACAGGCUACAUCCCCUGCAACAUGGUGGCUGAGGUGACUGUGGACAGUCCAGCGGGGAGACAUCAGCUGCUCCAGCGGGGUUUCUUGCCCCCAAAUGUUCUCACCGAGGCCUCGGGAAAUGGUCCCUCUGUGUACUCCUCAGCACACACACCUGGUCCUCCCCCCAAGCCUCGCCGGUCCAAGAAAGUGGAGCUGGAAGGUCCUACACAGCUCUGUCCAGGUCCCCCUAAGCUGAUCCAUUCUGCUGCCCUGAAAACCUCCCGACCUAUGGUGGCUGCGUUUGACUACAACCCUCGGGAGAACUCCCCCAAUAUGGAUGUGGAAGCAGAGCUGCCCUUCAAGGCAGGGGAUGUCAUUACUGUGUUUGGGAAUAUGGACGACGAUGGUUUCUACUAUGGGGAGCUGAAUGGACAAAGGGGCCUGGUUCCAUCCAACUUCCUGGAAGGCCCUGGGCCUGAGGCAGGCGGCCUAGAGUCUGGGACAUCUCAAGCUGAGGGUCAGGACCCUAGAAUCACCAUACAAGGGCCUCCAGUGCCCCCGGGCUGCCACUAUGCCCUCAGCUCUGGAAGUUCCUCCAGGACCAAACUGGGGGAGUCGCAGGGCAUAGCUGAGAAGAAGCAGGGUCUCCUCGCCAAAGGAAAGGAACUCCUCAAAAGGCUGGGCUCCAGAAAAGACUGAGGCUGUCAUCUGUCCUAUAGGCAGAAGCGGACCCUGGAAGCGCUCCAGAUCAACUCAGUGGCUGGACAGGGAAACCUGGCUCCUGUUCUCUGAGCAAACUGGCACUCAAAGGGACUCAGGGGACCUGGUGAGGGUGGGGUCACAUGCAUCCUUAGUGAGGAGUCCUCUAGAUGGGCUCUUCCAGGAGGGCACUGAGCCCCAGAGUAAGUAAGGCACUGUCAGAGCAGGACUGGACCCAUGCCUCUGGCCUCCCAGUCUGUCCCAGUCUGUCCCAGUCUCUUCCUGAUUUUCUACCCGGCUUUGUAGGUCCCUGCUUGGCCUUCCCUGCCCCAGGGAUAAGCCCUGGGUGGAGACAGGCACCACUCUAGUGACGGCUCUGGCUGUCCUCCCUCUGUCUUCCUUCCCCUGAAGGAUCGUUUGCACUGGCCUGUCCCCCGGGGCAGGGGGCAGAGCCAUGUAUAUAUGUACAUACUCAGUGCCUCAGUCCAGCGCCUCCAUCUGCUUCACCCACAGGCCAGGGGAGGAGAAAGGCCAUGCCAAAGUGGGCCUGACCCCGCCCCAUAGUGCUCCACCCCUCCCUGCCCAGGCCACCUGGCCUCUGUAUGAUCCCAUUCCCCCAAACCCAGGGGACCAGGGGGCAGAAAGCAGGAGUUGGGUUUGCCUUAUUUUGCUCAUUGGAUUCAACUUGUCUCUUGCUUCAUUUUCUUCCAGUCCCUGUUGGGUCCAGGGACUGAGGGAAAGGACGGAUUUAUGCAGCUAUUUUCAUACAUUCUCUGUUCAGAGUGGGUAGGGGUGUCCCCCACUCUAACCAUCCCAUCCUUCAUCCCUUGUCUGGGCGAGUCUCUUUGCAUGUUUUCUUCGCUGUGGUGGGAGAUGUUUGAUUGAAUCCUCACCCCUACCCUGAUCUCCAGGGGUGUAGGAUGGUGGGGGCAUUUGUUUAA